AUUUCUCGUUAAAAAAAAGAUCAGUGACGGAAUUCUAUGUAGUGAUUUUAAAAUCAUUUCUUAAAGAGUUAAUAAGUCAAUUAAUUUAGUGUAAACUAUUAAAAACUUUAAAUUAUCGAUCACUUUAUGUUUUUAAGUAGUUAGAAUUUUCAAAUCUAUCGAAAUGAUUCAAUAAAAGUCAUUGAAUACAUUUUGGCUUUUGUUGUCUGAAAAAAUCCGUUUGAAUAGAAAAAUUAGCAACACAGAAUUGAGCUUAAGAAAUGAAUUUCAUGAAUUAAAAAAGACAUUCCAAUAUUAAUAAUUGAUACAAGAUUAGAGAAAUACAUUCAAGUGAUAAAUUAACAGAUAAGAAAUUGCGGGAAAAAGCUUUCAAGUCAUACAAUGAAUGAUUUCCCUCAAAAAAUAAACAAUAGUUACGAGUCAGGAUCUUCGUCAACCUCGACAAGCAGUUUAAACGACCAGGUUUUAGAAAAAUCUAUUCAAUUCAUUGAUACUGAAGGAUUAAAACUUGCUAAUCUAAUGCUGCCACAAUCUGAACCCGAAUUGUGCAACACAUCGGCGGAAGAAGGGAUUUUCCCAAAUGUAAACUUCCAACCAAUUGAAGUGCCGAGUUACCAACCAGAAUAUGACUACCUCGAUAACUACAAUAGUACACCCCCUAUCGUUUAUUCGUGGCUACCAAUCGUACCGGGAUUUUCCCGAAAUGGCUUUGAAAAUCUCCACAAAUUCGAUCACUUAAGCAACGUUUUAAGUUCUUCCGAAAAAUCACCAGUGUCAGAUGAAAUAUCAAAUCAAAAUGAAAAGUUUCGUGAUUAUUUAGUUAAAAAUAAAACAGAAACAAUUGAAUUACCAGUCACUAACAACACAAGAUAUCAUAAUCUUGAUAACAGCUGUAAUGCGAUGGAUCUCAACAUAUCAACAUCAUUUAAGCAAGAACAUCCAACAUCUGAUCCUGAUUUAUCAUUCGAUGGGAAAAUUGCUGAAUUAAAAGCAAAGGAAAUAAAUGAAAACUGUGACGAAGCAAUAAAUAAGACUGAAGAGCAAAAUGAGUUUGAGAAGCCAAACGAUUCUGGGAAUGUUUCUUAUGAAAAAGAAGAACAAACUGAGGAAGAACGUUUGCAAAAUGAAAGUUUUGAAUUAUUAAAGAAAGAAGACAGCAGUAGAAUGAUUCUAAUUAACGAGCGAUCGCCAGAUCUCUUCGAUUCAGAUGUCAACCAACCAAGUGACAAUGAACAACAACGAGAGGAUGUUCAAGAAGACAACACACCAAGUGACAAUGAUGAAUUUCAAGAGAAAAUAAAAUCGAAUGACGAUUUGAUUCUGAAGAAACUUCGUCAAUCAUUUAAAGGAAUUUGUCCACCACCAUCGCAAACACAAGUCCAGCUUUCUGUCAAUGAAUUACUUACACGUUACCACAAUAAUGUCAAAGACACAAAUGUUAAUAAUUUCGUAGAAAAUUGCAAGUUCUUCGCGCCAACUCAUUCGUGUCAAGAAGUCACUACCAUGGAGUGGCCAAAAGUGAAGACGAUUUCAUGUCUCGAUGUCAUGUACAAUAACAGCGCAGCUUCUGAAGAUAUUGAACAACUCUGUGCCAAUUACUCGAAACGAUACGUUGGUGCUGAAACGAUGUCAUCAUUUAAUCUUAGAUUCGGUCCAUCAAGUGCCAAGAAAAGAAUUGAGAAAUUAAAACUUUUAACACAAUCGCCUGGAAGUCGAUUAAGUCAUUUGGCAAAGCGUCGUCAAAUUUUUUCAUCAGCAAAUUUAAAAUCAUCAUUGAACGCUAGUCAUUCAGCAUCGUCAAGUGGGAGAUCAUUUAUGGUUGAUAAAAAAAAACUUUAUGCAAAAAUGAAGUCACCAAAGAAACGUACUUCGGCUAGAAAGAAGACGCCGGGAAAACGUAAAACUCCACGAUCAGCAAAACGUCAAAUUAUAACAAAAGUCGACUCAUCGCGAGCAUCUUCGAAACGUGCACUUUUCACAAGUCCAAUAGAAGUUAAAAGUUCUGUGCAAUUGUCUGUUGUUGAGCCUCCUCUAACACGAGCAAGAAUGCCGAUUAGAAGAACUUUAUUCUCACCACCUUCAGAAGAUGCUCGCAAGAAACGGCGAUGUUCAACGUCACCUGAUCAUGAUGUUGAGAAUCGAGCUGGAAAAUUACGUCGAAUUGAUACACCAACAAGAAUGCAUAAAAGUCAAAGUUUCUCUUAUGCUUCAACAUCAUCAAACAUUUCUUUAAAUCCCGCCGAAUGCAAGAAAAAUCUUUUUUAUCGAACUCAAUCUGAAGUCGUCGUAAAUCAGUCAACGUCAAUGUCAAGUCAACUUGGCUACAAGCAACCAUUGAAAGAAGACGUCAACAAAAAAAUCCUUUGGUCAGUGUCACAUGCAUUGAGAGGAAAGCAAAUUACGAGCAGUCAUGAAAAAUAUAAAGAAUUUGCUUCAAAACUAGCAAAGCUAGUGAAGGCAAUUUUUAUUGAAUUUUAUGAGUCGGGAAAGAGUGUUAGUGGGCAAUUAUCGAAGUUUGCUGUAACAAUGGUGGAUCAUGUAAUUUUUGGACGAUCAAGUGAAGAAAUUCUUAAAACGACGAAAAUUCGUCUCCAUUCAAAGUUAUGCAAUGGGCAAAUGAAACAAAAUUUAUUACGAAGAAAUGAUUCAAUUCUUAAUAAUUUACAGUCCAACAGUUCAAUGAAUCUUUCACAAUCUGAGAGUUUCUUUGGACAAAGCUCACUAAGCUCUUCCAGACUUAACAUAAGCAACUCAUCAUUAAAUAGAAGCACAUCGAGUAAUGAGAAUUUUUUUAUGAGAGACAACUGUAAUAGUAGAAGUAAUGAAAAUUCUGGUAGAAAAUUCAACGGCAAUGCUUCAACAUUAAAUAAACUAACAUCAACCAGCUCAACAAGUCUUGCAAAGGCAAAGCGGCAAAUUUCAUUUUAAUCACAUCAUUUUCCUUUUCUUUUAUCUUUCGUGUUGUUUGAAUAUCCGAGUGAAUAUCUAUUAAAUUUUUUCCUGUUUGCAUAUGAAGCAAUUUCUAGAUAUAAAUUAUUAAAUGAAUGCAAAAAUUGGACAAUAAAACAUUGAAUUUUACUGAAUUAA